AUGACUGGUGCUGCAUUCAAAGAAGCUGAAUGGGCUAUCUUUAAAUGCAUCCCUGUCAUCAAAGAGCUAGUUCUUCUUACCUGCACUGCUACAAAGACCGAAGACUCUAGACAAACUCAUAGUUUGCGUCAAGAAGCUUUCGAAAGGAACAAUGAAGAAAAGGAAGUAGCAAGUGUAAAUGUGAAAAACUUAGAGGCUUCAUAUGAAAAUACAGCCGUAGUUUCUAUCGUUGGUGAACAACUAGAACCCGGUUCAAAUCCUGAACACAUUCUAAAUUCUCAAUUUGUCAACGAAGCCGACUCGCAGGAGGAGGGACUGGCUUACAUUUCCAAUUUAAUGAGACCUGGAUUUGGCUUCUAUCCACCUCUUGAUCGCAUGCAUAUCAGUGUGUUGAUCCUAGCAGCUAAGUAUGUAAAAAUUGCGCAUAGGAUUCCUUAUUCUACUGAUUCGCUGCUGUAUAUUAUCCUCUGCUGCAUUUUUGCCAGACCUCUAAGGAAUUCAGUUAACCUCUGA